AUGCUCCCGCUCCUCUCUCCUCCGCGCCCUGGUGCCGCGCCCCGCGCCGCCGCCAGGCCGGCCGUCAUCCUCCCAGGGCUCGGGAACAACACGGGCGACUACGCGCGGCUCGCCGCGGCGCUGCAGGACGACCACGGCCUCCCCGCGGCCGUCGUGGCGCGGGUCACCCGCCCUGACUGGCUCCGCAACGCCGCGGGCCUCGCCGACGCCAGCUACUGGCGAGGCACCCUCCGCCCGCGCCCCGUGCUCGACUGGGUCGGUCAGCGUCGCGGCCGGCGUUUCACCAAACACCUCGCCUGCAUUGCGCUGCAGGUACCUGAAGAGGGUGAUGACGCGGUGUCUGAGGCGAGGGAGCUAUGCGCACCAGGUGGGAAGAUAUCAUUGAUAGGGCAUUCAGCUGGGGGCUGGCUCGCGCGCGUGUACAUGGCGGAGUUUGAGGCUUCCGACAUAAGUUUACUGCUCACCCUUGGCACUCCUCACUUGCCUCCUCCAAAAGGUGUACCUGGGGUAAUUGAUCAGACUAGAGUACUACUGAACUACGUCGAGAAGAAUUGUGCUCCAGCAGUUUAUACGCCAGAAUUAAGAUAUGUGUGCAUUGCUGGAAGGUACAUUCAAGGUGCUCCUCUUCUGGGAAACUCCGCAGUUGCUUCUGAUGAGAUCCUUGCAGUUGACACUCCUUCAGAAGGAGGUGAGGCUGUUAUUGUCAGUACCAAUGAAAAAUCUACUCCAUCAAGUGUCACAUGGAGAGCCCGGUUCGUCGGGCAAGGGUACAAACAGGUUUGUGGCCGAGCGGAUGUGUGGGGCGACGACGUUGUUCCUGAAAUGGCAGCGCAUCUGGAGGGAGCACUGAACAUAAGCUUUGAUGGUGUGUACCACUCUCCGGUAGGCUCUGAUGAUGAAGAAAGGCCCUGGUAUGGCUCUCCGGCAAUCCUCAAGCAGUGGGUGCAUCACCUUCUCAGCUGA